ACAUCGAAUGACGAAAUAUAUGGAGUAAUACCUUAUAUUGCACCAGAAAUUUUUAAAGGAUCUUCAUUUUCUAAAGAAUCUGAUGUUUAUUGCAUGGGCAUGAUUAUGUGGGAGCUUACAACAGGUUGUAAACCUUUUGCUAAUGUUGAACAUGAUAUCAAUCUGAUUUUUAAAAUCCUUGAUGGAGGGCGGCCUGAAAUUACUGAAGAUACGCCGGAAUGUUAUGCUAAUUUAAUGAAAAGUUGUUGGGAUUCUGAUCCUAAAAAAAGACCAUCUAUAAAAAAAAUUCGCAGUACUCUU